AUAUUUCAUGUGAUUAACAACUGGAGCGUGUUGAAAGUGUUUGUCGUUGCUAACGACAACACAUUCACAAGGUAGUAGAUUAUACACUCAAAUUUCAUAUAAACUUAGACUUACUAGUACGAAGGGUUAUGGACAGCGUGUCAAGUGAAAUUGAAUUGGAAAAACUGCUUAACUUAGCUCUACGCUCGCCUGAAGUUGGGGCUGUUAACUUUAACGCAUUGCAUGUUGUAAUUGCCGAGAUUAUUAAGUCCCUAGGACUUGGGAACAAGCUCAUCAAUGUGCAAAACACAACCCAAUUCAAUGGGUCUAACAGUUUUACAGUCGUAGGUAAUGGUCGGGUCGGUGUUCAUAGUCGAGUAUACGAUAAAAAUUUAACUUUUCUGGAAAAUAAAGUGAACAGUUUGGAAAAUAAACUGAAGAUCCUCGAACAAUUGCCAAGCAACGUCGAUAUCAUAAAAAUUGUCAGGGAAAAAGAUACGAAAAUGUCUGUUGGUAAUAUUUGGCAAUUUAUUAAUAUUAACCGAAGAUUAUCCGCCACAGAAGAGGCCAUUGGAAAGUUUUCCGAUUUACUGGAGAAAGCUGUUUCCGAACUGGAUGAGAUCAAAGAUUUUAAAAAGGAACUGUCCGAUUUAAAGAAAAUUGUAACAAAUAUCGAAAUUGACAACAAACUAGUGAAAGAGAGAUUGAAGAAAUUGGAACAAUCGGACAACCAUGAAGAUGUUGAAAAAUUGAAAAAUGUCAAAGAUGAGAUUGAAAAUCUUCAAAACAGAAUUAGAUCCCUGGCAACAAAGAAAGAUCUUGAUGAAUAUAUGAAGUGGGCUGAUUAUGAGUACGCCUUAAAAAAUGGAAGCAUAGAAGAGGCAAGUCGACAGCUUGAAGUAUUACCAAGUAAUGAGGUGUUAAAGAAGAUAAAGGAAGUUGGUGAUUUGAUUCAUGGCCAUCAAGCUAUAAUACAUGGGAUUCAAGCAUUGCAGGAAAAAAUGCUCACGAAAGCCGAUAAGGAUGAUUUGGAAACGCUUAGAAAAAAGACUCAAGAGGUGCCUGAUGAUCUUAUUAAGCAACUGAAAAAACUUCAUGGAAAAUUGGAGGGCCUUUCAACAUGGAAAGACGAGAAUGGUCGUAGUUUAUUGGAAAUGGAGCAAAGUAUGAAAGAAUUCCAAGAUAAUCUGCAAAGAGUAAACAUAUCCGUACGAAAUCUUGUAGAAGAUGGUGAUCGAAAACAGGAAAACAUUCUCAGUCUGCAGUCAACCACUGAGACUUUGGAUCAGACGAAAGCGGAUAAAGAUUCAGUUUCCAUGGAAAUGGAUACGAAAGCAGAAAAAGUCGCCCUGGACAACAUGAUCAGUCGAUUAAGGUUUGAUACAAGUGUUGGAGGAUUGGAGCAGUCAGUGCAAAACAUCCUCAACAGACUGUCUUUACAGGAGGCAGCACUCAAAGAUGCAAUAUCGAAAUUCAACAAUGAGGUCGAUGGCAAGUUGGACCGACUGGAGAUAGAUCCUUUGAAAGACUAUAUUAAUAAACGUAUUAAAGCCAACAAAUGCAAACACGCCGACUUACCUGGUGGCGAUGAUUUUGCUGCCGGAAUGACAAAACCAGCGAUGAAGUUUCACUGCAUAUCUUGUGCAAGACCUGUUGAAAUCAAGCCAGGAAUGAAUGUGAUUCCUCUUCCUCAAUAUCCAGCAUUUCCACCCUCGAAGUCAUCCCGAGCCUACGCACCUUAUGAGUUAGAGCAGAUGCGACAGAAUGCUAGGGGGUAUUAUGAUGGAUCCGAUCAUGUAUCCACUCGGCCCUGCGGUGGACAACAUACCAUGACAUAUAGCACAAGACGCGGGGGAAAGAACGUCAAUUACUACUAUAAAGAAGACGAAGGCAUCGUUAUAUCACUAAAAGAUGAUUCUACGAUACAAGGUCAAGACGGUCAGGUAUACAAAGGAAGAGAGGCGUGGAAAGACAACGAACAAUUACCAACGUUACAUACGUCUCCACCGAGUCCUCCCAGACCACCGACAGCUCCAUCUAAUCCACAAACUUCCCCACGUACUCAUACACCCGUUAGACCGCGUUCUGCUGUGAUCCGAUAAUGUCAUUUGACUCAUGAAAUAAAGCAAAUUGAGGAUAGACGCCGGUAAAGAAAAUACAGACGACAGGGAAAAAUUGGAGGCCAUUAAACUCAUGAUUUCACAACUUAAAUCAGCCAGUAAAGUAAUCAUCAGCUCACCAAUGUAGAAUUAUAGUGUACCAUAUGUAUUCAAGCAGUACAUCGACUGUGACAACCCGAUUUGACAUUCACUGACUCAGUUUGUGGAUCUGUUGGUCUUGUUACAGGAUGACCAUUACUCCUGAUACGUCAUCAUCCUAUGAUUUUUCCGAAGAGCCAAUGAAAUCAUUGGAUUUCCAGGUGCCUUAUCUUAAAGCAAUAUUUGGAAUGAUCGGUUUUCAGGAAUUUCAUCACAUUUACCUGGCCAACACAGAAAAUGUCAAGCAUGAAGAGCUCAUGGGUUAUGCAAAGCUUAGAAUAAUGGAAGUGAUUCAGAUGUUUUGAAUGCUGUCAAUGAUUGCUGGACAAUUCUAAUGAUGUAUAUUUUAUGAACAAUAUAACUAUUUAACAUUAAUUUUUUUGAAAAUAAUUAUUCAUACAUACCCUUGAACCAAUGCUUAUCCUGUUUUACAAAGAUCAACAGAUCAGGUCAACAAUCAAUAAGCCUCUCUUUUUAGCAA